AUGUCAUUAUCGACACCUGCAGAUCUUCAGCCCUCUCUUUACGAGCAGUUGCGUUGCCAGCUGACUGCUACACGGCCUGACCUGGCUGGCAACCCAACCGCCUUGGACGAAUUGACUAUCCAGUGCCUGAUGGAGGCGUUCACUCGUCGAGUGGCUCAGCCCGGUGACCUAGGCAAUCAUCUAGCUCCCGGUCUCCCUUUGCCAGCUCCUGCUCCUGUCAUGAUGUCCCCGAGCCCUCUACUCCCAAACGAGACCAUCACGAUUACUGAUGGAGACGGCAGCACCAGCGGAAGUGGUGGUGCAGGUUCGGGCUCAGCAGAAGAAAGCGACGAGUCGGCUGUGCUUCUAAUUGAAUAA